CACAAAGUCGUGUUCUUGUGACUUGGGUGAGUGCGCGUGAAAUUACAGUCGCUAUCUCAGUCGCGCGCUCUGAGGUAUCAGAAGCAGCGCUUCAGUCUGGGAGAUUGUCUUGACUGAGUCUAGCACACACAUCCACUGGAACGAACAGUCACGAGCUUUACACGGAGGGACAACACUUCUGGAGGCUACAGGUUAAAGUGUCUCACUGGGCAGUAUGACGGAUGUGAUGAACAGCUGUGACCCUGCGGUAGGAGACUACAAUGUGAGCGGUGCAUCAGAGGAACAGAACAUCUCUUUACAGAUCUUCCCAGACUCCCAUGAAAGGUUUCCCAAGCUUUCCAAACGCUUGCCGUCCAUCGUGGUUGAGCCCACUGAGAGCGGGGAGGUAGAGAGCGGGGAACUCCGCUGGCCUCCUGAUGAUCUGAGCCCUACAGAUGACCCCAGAGACAAACAGGCACAGGCUGCAAGUGACAAGCUCACAGAAGACAGCAAAGACGUCGGACCGGGGACGGAAAUCUAAGAGGCAAUGGUUGGCACUACUCCAGCCAAUCACUGUGAAUGUCUUCAUUACGGACAGGAGUGAGUGGGAGACUCCACCAGUUAGGUCUGCCUUUCAUCCACACUAGAGCCGCUCACCUGUUGACCUCCACUCCCUAGGUGGAGCCGAGGCCUGAGAGACUUCUUAACUGAACUAGCUCAUGUGCCAAACUCUAGUGGUAGUCAGCUGCAGUGAUUGAGUUUUAAAUGAUCUCCAAUAACAACACCAUGAUACCUGUUAGAAGUCACCUACCCCCUAUCCCUGCUAAAUUAUAGAUUAGCAUAUAUUUAUUUAUUUGAUUUGGACCAAAGUCUUUCAUUCCUUCCUAUACAAAGGAUCUUUAUUUGAUGUUUAUCAGCAUACUUUAAGUGAAAAUGGAUUUCAAAUGUGAAUUAACUAUUCCAUAAUGGCUACUUUGCCUACUCAAUGUGCAGUAGAUCUCUGUGUGUUUACACAUACAAACAAUAUAGUAUGGUUUCCUUUUUAACACACUUUCCAGAUAUACACGUUUGCACAUAUUCUUUGCCAUUCUCUGCUGCUUAUUUACAAGUGUUCGUCAGAGCUGCUGUAAAUGUAGCUUUCUUUGCCUUAGACAUUAUAAUUUUAAUGUCAAAUCAAUUCUGUUUGUAUGUAUAUAUUUGUACCCUCAUUAUUUUCCUCAUUAUAUGUAUGUGUUACUUUCCUUAGGCGAAACUCUUUGGUGCUUCAGAGUCUGUUAAUCACUGUAUUCUAUUAAAAAUCUACUGCUAU